UUGAAUGUUGGAAACCUUGGAAGUUCACAUGCUCAACUGGAGGUCUCCACUGCACAGUGCUGGCCAGAUCGAUUCACCCCGCAGGAUCAGGGUAGCGGUAUAUGCGUGAUCGAAUUGAGCGGACCGAGAGGAUUACUGAUAAUUUACAAAAUGGCUCAACCUUCAAACCAGUUUUCUGUAGGACGACUACGGCAAGUCGGAUUGAACGGCAAGGGUAACGAUACAGUCACAUCCAGGCUCGCCCAAUUCUGGCCCCUCGCGUUGCCGUUUGAGCCGCGGCUCAAGAUCCGAAACCCGGAGGGGACACCUAUCUAG